AUGACCGACAUCUGUGAGGAACAACCAGGCUCAGCUGACUCAAGUGACUUAACUGACUCAAGUGACUUAACUGACUCCACUGACUUAACUGACUCCACUGACUUAACUGACUCCACUGACUCAAGUGCCAUAACUGACUCAAGUGACUUAACUGACUCAGCUGACUCAAGUGACUUAACCGACUCAACUGACUCCACUGACUCAAGUGACUUAACUGACUCAAGUGACUUAACUGACUCCACUGACUUAACUGACUCCACUGACUUAACUGACUCCACUGACUUAACUGACUCCACUGACUCAAGUGCCUUAACUGACUCAAAAGAAAAGCUUCUGACCAAGUAA